AAAAAAGGUAAAUCAUCGAGCUGCAAAAAGCACAGACUGAAACGGAAGCCAUUUGUCACUCUGGACUAGGCUGAGUAAUGAUAAAAGACAAAUGCUUCGUCCCAGCGCUGUUCACCAUGUGAUGCAACAUGCCUUCCUGGGAGAGGCACAUGUGUCAGAGAACAACUUUAUGUGCUUGUGCCAUCACAUCUCUUGCUCUGUCAAUGGGACUGCUCAUGUUUGUUGUCGUAUAUCUGGCGCUCAGCUGGCAGGAUAUUGUUGGACAGCAUUCUACUCAGGAUCUGAACUUGAACAAGACUGACAACAUGGAUGACGACUGCAGAUCCACAGCUGCAGUUGUGACUGAGAAAGCCAUGAUGCAGAUAUGGGGCACCAGCGCAAACAUCAGCAAAGCUUGGAGCGAUGCAGAGCAAAAAGCCCGAGAGCCUGUACACAGCUACAUGGAGAAACACCAUUCGACUGCCAUAUACAUGUACACAAAUGUUAUGUUGCAACCUGUCAAGUCCAAACAUGACACUGUCGACAGAAAUGAAAAACAACUAAAGAAGACAUUUGCGUCACGCUCCCUGUAUUUUUCUCUUAGUGAGGCCAUUCAGGUCCUGAAGCACAGUCAGCUGACAUGUCUUAAUACAAAGUACAGAACAGAGACACUCUUGAAUCAGAACAUCUCUAACAAGCUGGUACGGUUCAGCACCUUCAUAUUGGGUUCUGAUCGGAGGAACUUCACAAGGAACGCUUCCUGUUUUGAAAUAUAUACGUGUUUUGGUGCUGAUGUAACACAUUACUCAGCUGUGAAAGGAACCAGCCAGGUGCUGAUUCCUCCCUAUGAGCUCUUCCAGGUCACUGACAUUGAGACGGAUGCACAGACGUGUAAAGUCGUCUACAGACUGAAGAGCAACCUGAACUGUGUUUAUGAUAGAGAGAGCAAUACGCUUCAUCCGAUAUCUGCGUCACCAGUCGGAGGAUUCUGGCUCAUUUUUACCAUCACUUGUGUAAUUAUUGUGUCUCUUUUGCUUCCCUUUUUUGUUGUGAAGGUUUUAAAAAACCAUAAGAAAGCUGCUGUUUACAGUGUUUCACAUUCGCAUGACAGCACUUACUUUCCUGUCUGAGUUGCCACAUGAGGAAGAAGGUUUGACUUUAAUUAAAAGGUGGCUCUAUGAGCUUUACAGUUGGCUGUAAUCACACGGUGGCCUGGAUUAGGCUGGCUUCUUCAAUGUUUUAAAACAAAAAGGGGAGGUAUAAAAUAUGGCUUUCAUAUUCAUUAAUCCCAUAUUGAAACAUUUGACAACACAUUGUGUAUCUGUAAUGUUUACAGCACAGACAUUUGUCAUAAUCUCAUGAUGUAAUACGAAAUGAUGCUGUUGGUCAUUGGCUGUUUCCAAAAUCUCUAAAUAAGCAUUAAUUAGUUGACUGUAUAGUGAGUUUGUCAUUUUGUUGUGCUGUCAGCAUGUAUAGUGAGAAUUAUUAUACCACUGAAAGUGUUUUCCAUUUGACCAUUGAGCUCACUGUAUAGUUCUCUAUAUAGGACUCCCUGUAGAGAGGUGUUGUGAACGAGUUGAUGAUAUCGGACACAACCAUCGUCUUGUUACUCAGAAUUACUGUCCCUGUUGGAAUAAAGUGCGUUGUUUAUACUGUAACUGUUGCAGUUCACCAAACAGAAAUGUUAGGUGUGGUCGGAGGAGCACAGUUCAAAUAGUGAAAAGGGCGUUCAAAAGGAGCAAAGAUACAUUAUUUUCCAGGUACAUGUCAGAAAACAUCAAUAAAUU